AUGUCGAUCUCCGAUUUCCGCAAGAAGAAGCUUCUGUUCCUGUUCAACGUGUUCUUUGAUGUGAACCAAAGCGGGGAAAUCGACGUUAAGGACUUCGAGAUGGCCAUCGAGCGCGUGUGCAAGCUGCGCGGCUGGUCUAAGGACACCCCAAAGAACAAGGAGACCUACGAUUUGAUGAUGGAAAUUUGGACUGGGCUCCGAUCCAAGGCGGACAAGGAUAACGAUGGACAGGUCAGCGUCGACGAGUGGUGCAACAUGUGGGACGCCUACGCCAAGGAUCCGAGCAGCGUGAUGGACUGGCAGAAUGCCUACAUGAACUUCAUGUUCGAUCUGGAGGAUGCCUCCCAUGAUGGGGGCAUCGAUGUCACCGAAUUCACGCUGGUCUGCUCCAGCUACGGCCUGGAGAAGAACGAGUGCGAGGAAGCCUUCAGCAAGAUGGCCCAGGGCCAGACCGACGUCACUCGCGAGCAGUUCGCCGCCUUGUGGAAGGAGUACUUUGCCGCCGAGGACGUGAAUGCGCCAGGCAACUUCAUCUUUGGCAAGACCAGCUUUUAAGCCACUUUAAGACCCAUUGACCGAGAGACCCAGCCGCACUGGUCAUGGCCAAAACUGAUGAAUGCAACAAGUGAAAUUAUAAUGAAAAAAAAGAUAUCUAAUAUAAAUGUUAAUUGAUAAUGGAAGAGCACGAACGAGAAGGAGGACAAUGUCGAAUUCGACUUCAAUUUGGAUCUCGAUUCUCUCGAUUUGAUGCUCCGUCGUUGUUACGUAUAGUUGAGUGUUGUUUUCUCUCCAAGUAUCUCAAGUUUUGCCCAAAUAAAUGUUCUAAUUUAGUAGAGUAAUCGAUCUGUCUGUUUAUACUUUAUAUAACGCUCCUAAUACGAGUAGAGUACCUACCUACAAAGAGUAUCUCUAUCAUAAAUACAUACAUAUACAUGUACACUCGUAUAUGCAAAACUGUACCUUUACGAACUACGACUAUAUCCUUGCAAUGAUAUCAAAUAAAUACGAGAGGAAGGAUCCACAGGUCCUGUAUCUGCAUGCGGUGCAUUAAUCUAAAUCUAACUCUAAAUCGAAAUCUAAAUCAAUUAAACUGUCAAAUUGUUUAUGUGUGUGUAGUCGUCGUUUAUCGCCCCGCAUCUGUGGCGCAUAAAUUUAAAUUUAAAUUUAAUUGUAAAUGUAAAGUGUUCCAAGAAAUUACAAUAAUAAAAUCAAAGUAUCUA